AUGAUGUUCAGACGUUUGAAGCAGAAUAUUAUGGUUAAAACUGGUCGUGCAUCGCAGACCGCAUUCCCACCAGAAGUCGAUAAAGGGAUAUCGUUUUGUGAAGCAAGCAAAAAGGAUGUGAACAAUAUCCUAAAAUCAGUGCAGUCAAUGGUUGCGUCGUUCAGUGGUCGUGGUCUAAGUCCGCACGAAACAUUCGGUGGUGCGAUGAAAGAGGCAAAUUCGACGUUUGCAGAGUUGGGUCGUGUUGAACGCAAAUCGUAUGAUGAUUCAUUAAAUCAAUUCGUGAAUGGAUUCGCGAAAGACUGGCUAAAGAAUGGUGUUGCUAAGCAGUUAGAUGAUAUAAGUGAACUGAAAAAACGUCGAUUAGAGAAAGAUGCGUGUGCAACAUCAGCCAACAAUCAUCCGAACGAUCAAGAACGUGCGUCGAAGAGUGCCGAAGCUGAACAGGAAUAUAACAAUCAACUAGCAGUUGUAGAAGAGGACUUGAAGACCAUACAAUCUCACUGUGAAAAAACGGUGAAUGAAGCAAAAGAACUGAUGGAUUUACUCGCGUCACACUAUGAGAAAGCGUAUAAAACCACUAAAAGCGGUGCUAAUAAAAUUGCAGCUAUGUAA